CUUCAAAUGUAAUGCACAUUUAUCAGAUAUGUAUAUACAUUUCAUAUAAGCGCAAUACAAGAUUUUGGGGAAAUAACCCGAGUUGUGUGUUUUUUAUUCGGCAGACUCCGCCCACCCAGAGCGCGACCUUAUUGCGCAAUCGCGGAUGCAGCUGUCUCUUCUCAGGCAAACUCCAGCGAGGGGUUUCUCUCCGUCUUGCCCCGCCCCGUGGCAGGACGGUGGGCGGGAAGGGACAAAUUAAGGAUGGAGAAGCUUGGAGGGGCGGGGCUCCAGCGCUACCACGUGGUGCGCCGCCGCUCCAAGAAUGGCCGGAGAGGAGUCUGCCGUCGAAGAGAAAGAUGCCGCCGUCUCCUCCGAUAGACGCAAGCUCAGCGCUUCUCGCCACCGCCCGCCUCCGGCGCUCCUGAGGAAAGCCUUCAUUUGCUCCUUCCCGGACUGCGACGCCAUUUACAACAGGGCCUGGAAGCUGGACGCGCACCUGUGCCGGCACACGGGAGAGGUCAGUUGGGCGGGACUAAGGGGGAGGGGGAAUAAGGGGAGCGGCCAUUGGGCGAAAGCGUGUCCGCAAGAGACCAGCCGAGAGGCCAGGUGUGCUGACGGGCAGCAAAAGGGAAUCGAACCUUGGGGCGCGCGAGCGCGAACGCUGCGGCUGCUAUUGGAGCGCGGCCUCCCUCGCAUAGCCAAUCGAGGGGAAGCGGGUCGUCAUUGGCCGGUCGGGGGUGACGCGCUUGUUCGGGGCGGGGCUCCAUGGAGAUGACGCGUUUCCGGAUAGGGGCAUGAGGGCUUUUUUGAGUGGCUGUCAAAACCUGCAGUGGUGUGUACGGCGCUCAUGUGAGAUUAUCAUUCAUAUACUGUGUGUGUGUGUGUGUAUAUAUAUACACACACACACACACACACACAUAUAUAUACACACACAGAGUAUAUUAAUAUAUAUGUAUAAAUAAAUAUAUGCAUAUAUAUAUAUAUAUAUAUAUAUGUAUGUAUUUAUACGUUUCCUUUUUCCCUGAAGGGACUCAAGGAGGCUUACAGAUAAAAAAACAAAAUAACCACUAAAAACAUAGGCACACCCAUUAAGAAAACCAUUAAGUAUUGAUAAAAAAACUAUGAAAGGGGGGGUUUACUCCUGAGUAAAUGCAAAUGAAAAUCUCUCAAGAAUAUUGGCCAACCUUCUAACUAGUAAAGGGGUGAAACUGGCCCUAGACAGUGACUGGGGGAGUUUCUGUUACGGGAAGUAGUAGGUCAAAUACUUGGGGUGUAUUGGACAAAAAGUUAAUAUGGGGUACUUUUUUAAAACCUUUGUCAAAUGUAAGUCAAAUAGACAUGCUACAUUUGCUCAUCAGAAAAUUGUCCUAUGUAAAUUAGGGUAAUUUGUAUAGAGAAAAUCUCUGGAAACUUUUCCAGUUAUUUUUUUAAAAAAGAAAUCCCCCAUCUGCUAAGUAUGGUAUUCGGUGUGCAAGAGGAACUGUUUUGGGAAAUUGGUAGGAUGUGUAAGAUGAUGAGUAAAGCAAAUAAAUUUGUGAUAUAAAAUCAGCUGUUUUUCUCCUUAUCAGCUGCCUUUCAUUUGCGAUUAUGAAGGCUGUGGUAAAGGCUUCACUAGACUCUACCAUCUUAAGCGCCAUUUUCUUACGCACACUGGAGAAAAGCAAUUUGUGUAAGUAUACUAUGGCUGUGGGUGGGGAAGGUGCUGGAAUUGUUAGAACAACAAAAAUCCCAACAGAUGUUAAGAUUUGCAGGUUUGCUGCCACAGGAAUAGGAUUGGGUGAAGCUGGCAGUUGUAUGUUUGCAUAACUAAUAGGAUUAACAUAUUUUGUUGAGGUUUGGCUAAAUGAAAAACUCCAGCCUUAUGGGUGAAGUGGAGGAUAUGAAAUGAAAAACUUUUAAAACAAGUAUGGUUCUGGAACAUAGGAUAUUGUAGUUGGGACACCAGUUUCAGCUUUUAAGUCAGUGGUGGGCAACUUUUUCUCUUUUGAGGUCUGCAUUUCCCUCCAAGGCAAUCUGUCAGGGGCUUCAUAGAACGCUGCAUUACACUGAGUCAGGCCUUUGAUCCAGCCAGCUCAGUAUCGUCUAUAGUGACUUGCAAUGGCUGUUCAGGAUUUCAGGAAGGGUUCUCUGCCAGGUGUACUUGGAGAUGCCAGAUAUGGAACCUGAGCCCUUCUGCAUGCAAAGCAGAUGCUCUAUCACUGAGCUACAGCCUUUUCCUAGCAUGCUGACUGUGGGCAGAGCCAAAGCCAGCAGGGGCUAGAGAGAAGGACCCUAUAUGCAUUUAAAGUAGCAUCAUACACCUUUGAAUAACAACACUCUGCUCCCUUAAUAAACUGGUUCUUUGUGGGAAGCCAUGGCUAUUCAAGUGGUAUUAUAGUGUUUUAAAUAUAUAGUGCAGAUGAGGCCUAGGUUGAGCCACCCCCUUUUCUUUCUCCUAAUGAUAAUCCCCAUUUCUCUCUUCCUGGCACCCAUUUUUUUCCUCUCAGCCCAAUGACUAGCUUGAGAGGGGAGUGGCAUAUGACUCUUUCCAGAGGUGGGAAUAGUUUACCCACCACUGUGAUAUAUUAUGUUAUUUCCCCCCCCUCCUCUGUGUGUGGUGUUUCUUUUUACUGAGAUUCUUCAUAACAUACUUAUUUUAACUGUAAUAUAUUUAUGAGAGAAAAACAAUUAGGGGGGAACCCUGUACUGACUAAAACACUGGUGUGUUUAUUUUUAAGAUUCGUUUAUAAAAAAUGUGUGGUGCAUCAUCUUAGGAGAGCUUCCUCCUUCUUUCUCACACAAGGAGGAAUAAUUCUUCUAAGAUUCUAAGUGCGUGUUGCAACGUAUGCCUGCAGCCCCUGAGAACCAAGAAAGUAUUCCCUUUUACCCUCUGAACAAUUAUUGUUUUAUUCAUUAGCCAAUGUAUACACCUUUAACCAAUUAAUUUGGCCAAUUCAAUGAUUUGACUAAGGUUUCUUUAAUUAGCUGACAUCUGGAAAGGCCAGUUGCACCUGCUUGUAUUCUUUCAUAUUCUUUAUAGAGAACAUACGCUUGUGUAUUUGUAGGUGCAAGGUGGAGGGCUGCAACGAGAGAUUUACAACAAAAUCAAACUUGAACAAACACAUUGGUCGCAAACAUUUACAGCAUUGUAAGGAAUACAUAGUAAGUGGCCUUCUUUGUUUGCCCAAAUAGGCUUCUAAUAGGUUAUAAAUGAAUAAUGAUAAAUAAUCCUUUGCUCAGUGUUAGGAAAUAAUUCAUUAAAUGUGCUUGACUUAUUAACUCUUUUAUCAAUGUUAGAGCUUAGCCUGUGCAUCUAGGUUGUGAUUAAGCGGUACAAUUGCCGUAUUUUUCGCUCCAUUGGACGCACCUGACCAUAGGGCGCAUCUAGUUUUUAGAGGAGGAAAACAAGGAAAAAAUAUUCUGAAUCAAAUGUUGUAUAAACUACUGUAUUUAAUAAACAACCGGUAUAUCAGAAUCACAUUACAGCCAUGUAAAGUGAACAGCAGUCAACAAUGGCAUUAAGAACCAUCAUCACUGUCAUUAACAAAUGAAGAGAGACUUUAAGGUUUGAGUACUCUUCUAGUCUUCUGUGAACCCCAAGAACUCAUCACUGCUAAAGUCAGAGUUUAUGAAGCUCAGUUGCUCACAGUCACUGACAUCACUUGCUUCGCUAUCUUCAUGUAAAAUACCAUCUUCGUAUCCAUCCAAAGCAUUGCUAAUGCCACAUUUUUUCCUCUCAAUCCUCUUCCUCCCCUCUCUCAGCGAACAGCCUGCCAGCUGCUCGCAAACAUUCCCUUUACUUGAAUUACAGUCAAGAAACAGCCAAGCAGAGCUUCUCAGCGGCAGGCUUGGGAGGCUUUCCUUUUCCCCACUUUUUUCUCCCCCCCCCCAAGCAGAACAGUCCCCUUUUCCAGCCUCCUCUUCUCCAUCCCUUUCACCCAAACUCCUCAGGUGACGUCUACAAUUUCUCCCCUUCACUGCUCCCUCUCCUUUGCCCUCUACCAUGACUCUCCACUCACGGCAACCUAUGGUACCUCAUCUCCCUUCACCCAGCUUCUUGGUCCCCCUCCUCUCCGUCCUCUUCCUCCCCUCUCUCAGUGAACAGCCUGCCCACUGCUCCAAACCUUGAGGGGAAGGGCAGGCUGCUGGCAGAGCAGCACCCCCCCAACCCCAUUCAGCAGCCCAGGAGUGCGGGGCAUGGGCGCACAGCCCUCCCGUUCCUCCAAAGCUUCCCAGGGCUGCAGGCGGAAGCCGAGGCUGCCGGCAGGGGAGCGCGGCUCCACCACCACUACCAAAGACCAGUCCAAGAGUGUGCCACACUCCGGCAAUUUGGCUCCAGGGACCACACAUUUGCUCCAUAGGACGCACAGACAUUUCCCCUUACUUUUUAAGAGUAAAAAAGUGCGUCCAAUGGUGCGAAAAAUACAGUAUCUGUAUACACAUGGUCAGCUUUUACCCAUUGACAGAUAUGGCAGGGGGACAUACCCUGCUUACUUGCAGGGUGCUAUUUGCUUGUAGCUAGCAGUGGGAGCCCAGUCUGUGCUGACUGAGGACUCUAACCAACGCUUUGUUACAUGCUGUGUGCAGGUAAGAUACUAGUGUGCAUUACUGGAUCAAGUGACUGCAUUAAACCCCAAAAGUCCUGGGUCCUUUCCUCAGCUUUGCCAUGGUGAGCUUUAUGGCAUGAUGUAAAAUUGAGCAUAUGCUAGUACUUUACGUUAGCCUGCCUCUAACAGUAACUGUCUUGAUUUUUCCAAACAGUGUGACUUUGAAGGAUGUGGGAAAUCCUUUAAAAAACACCAGCAGUUGAAAAUUCAUCAGUCUGAACACACUGGUGAACCACCGUUCAAGUAGGUGAAUAUUCCUGUUUUUUCAUGAAAAUAAGUAGGGAGGUUUUCAGGGUGCUUGUAGACAGGAAUUUUAAAUGGUUGCCCUGAGGAAGAUGAUGUUUUUAUUUAACAGAGCCUGAAGACCAAAAUUAAAGGCCCUGGGAGAAUAAAAAGGUAUUUACCAGGCACUUAAAAUAGGAUGCCAUCUCCAACAAGGCCUUCUCCUUACGCAGCUCUGUUAAGCAUCACAUAUGAUGGCACUGUGAAAAUAAAACAAAAGCCAUCAUGAUCAGUUAGCUGCCAUUCAGGACUUGAAAGUGGAAGAUGUAACCUAAAAAUGUGGCACAUUGCACUUCCAACCGGAGAACUCUUCUUUCAGAACAGUAAUUGGAGCAUCACGUUAAUUUGGGGUGGGUGAGUGAUGGAAGUAAAGGAAAAGUCCACUUUCACUUACACGGUUUAUGAACUGGGAUUUUUAUUUGUGUUUUGAGUGAUGUGUGUUUUGUUUUUGUCACGUAGAUGCAGCCACGAAGGAUGCGAAAUGCGCUUUUCCAUGCGUGCCCAUCUGAAGCGUCAUGAGAAGAUUCACGAAGGUAAAUUAUUCCUCUUGCUUCGGCUGUGUAAAACCCAGCGCUGUUGUUGCUUUAACGGGUUGCCUUCAAAUAUAAGGCUCAAAACUGGAAGUUAUGGAAGCAGGUCUGCUGGUUUUAAAUCAGAUUGACAUCAGUCACAGUGCAGGAUGUGUGUCAUUUCAAUUAGCAAAUGACAUGUAGGGCAGGAGUGUGCGAAAAGUCUUUUUUGAGCCUACAUUAGGGCUGGCUUUGAGGAUAAUGCUCCUCUUAAAGGUGGUUUGUAAAAAGCCUCUUCCCCAUUGAUGCCAUGCUGGGUUAACAUUUCAUUGAGGAAUACUAUACAAGUCACUGUUAAGAGCAGUGGGGCUAGCCCUUACUGUACCAGAAACUCAGCUUCAAAUUGAGGUAAUUUGUUUACUCUCUCCUUAGACAGCAGAGCGUGAUAAGAGAUGCCCUAUAGGAGGGGAAAGAGAACCUGUGGCCUUCCAGCUGUGGAUGACAGCUCUCACCAUCCUAUUAAGGACUGCCUUACUCCUUAUGUUCGGUCUCGACCACUGAGAUCUUCUGAUAGGGCACUUUUCAUUGGUCCCACAUACCUCUGAGGUUCAGCUGGCUAUUACCAUGGGCUGAGGCUGUAGUGUGGCAGGUCUUGUCCUGUGGAACUCCUUGCUAGUAGACGUUCAGCAGGAGUUGUCAUUCCUGCUGGUUUUAGAUGAUUUCCUAAAGACUGAGUUAUUCAGACAGGCCUUUCAAACUUGAGGUGCUUUGCCAAAAACCUUUUACUGUUGUGUUUGAAAUGGUUAAUGUUUUUACUUAAUACUGUGCUUUUUAUGUUGUAUGCUGCCUUGUGAUAUAUACGAGAGUGUGGUUUGUAAAUAAGACAAUCUGUCUCUGCCCAUUGGCUGGGGAUGAUGGGAGUUGGGAAUCCAACAAACGUUUGAGGGCUGCAAGCUCCCCAUCCAUGCCCUACAGCAUGUGGCUUUGCAUUUAUUUACUUUUAUAUAUAUAUAUAUGGCUGUUUAAACUGUUUUUCGUAAUAGGCUAUGCAUGCAAAAAGGAUGGCUGUUCGUUUGUUGGGAAAACCUGGUCAGAGCUUCUGAAACAUAUGCGACAAAGUCAUGUCGGUAAGUACUAUCAGAACUUUUACACAUUGAUUCAGCUUGAACGAUUUCUAACGUUGGAAGCCCAUUAUGUACUAUUUUUUUCUUUCCUUCAAAAAAUAGCAAUCAUUUCUUCUACUAAUAAUACUUUCUUGACUUUGUUUGCUUUAUAGCAAUACAAUAUGCUGUGCAUGCAACUAGUUUCAGAUGUGCAUUUGUAAGCAUGGCUAUAAUUGUAUAUCUGUACACAAACAGCAAUUGCACAACUCUCUUCAGUGGGUUAAAAGCCUGUCAUGUAUACUCUUGACAGUCAUCAUCAUAACCCUAAUGCAGGUCAAUAUUAUUCCUUUUCACAGAUGGGGGAUUUGAGACUUGGGGGAUUGUAGCUUGUUCAAAGCCACCAAGUGUGUUCAUUGCAGUGAUAAGAUUUGAACCAGGAACUACUUGGUCCACAGUUCUGGACUUUUGGCCACUCUGCUACAAUAUCUCAUAUGUAGGGUGCAAGGAGUAUGUGUGUACAGCUGAUGGAUGUGAGUAAAAAGUACAGGGAUGGGGAACCUUUUGCUUAUAGGUCAGACCUGCCAGGUGGCCCAAUUCAGCCCUCACAGUUGUUUUUUGCCAGCUACACCCACCUGCCAGUUACCUGACAUGUGACAGACAUGGGGAAUCGUUGGCCUACCGGAUGUUGCUGAAAUACAACUCCCAUCAUCUUUGGUCAUGUUUGCUGGGGUUGAUGUGAGUUGUAGUUUGGCAGCUUCAGCAGAGGGCAAAGAUCACUCCAACCUGUCAUACAGUGUCAGCUGCAGCUGCCCUUUUGUAGGGAGGCUUGCCUUUGGUGUCCUUUAAAUUCAGCAAUGAGUGCAAGCUUUGCUGCUUUCCAGUGGAAUUGGGUUCAGCUUAGGUCGUAUGAUAUAUCAGGUGAUUGAUGGGUAGAUGCAGCCACCCAACAAACAUAGCCUGCAAAAGUUUGCCCACUUUUCCAUCUGGCCUGCUAGAUGGAACUGGUUCCCCAUGCCUGCUUUAGCAGAAGGCUGUGAGUGCUUGCUGGAUUGUACCAGUGCAGGUGAUACUCUGUUAUUAUAUUCUGCUGCUGAAAAUAGUACGCACGUAAAUUGUUCCUUGCCUUUGAAAAAACGAGGUGUCACUGUUUAAAUCCUGUUUAGAAUUUUUUUUUAUUUCAGGUUUUACAUUGCGUUCUCCCCCCCGCCCACUCCCAUUUCAUUUUCUCUUUCAUCUCCAGAACCGAUAACCUGCAGCGUGUGUGGCAAAAUAUUCCGCCGCAAAGAUUACCUCAAGUGCCACCAGAAGAUCCACGCUGCCGAGAGAGAGGUGCUUAAAUGCCCAAGGGAGGGCUGUGGCAGAACGUACACAACCCUGUUCAAUCUUCAAAGCCACAUUGUCUCAUUUCAUGAGGCAAGAAGAUCGUUCACUUGCGACCACCCUGGCUGUGGGAGAGUCUUUGCCAUGAAAGUAGGCGUUCUCAAGUUAACUUUAACGUGCACAUUUUUCUUCCUCCUCUCUUGGUCGCCUAUGUAUAAACUUUUAAUUUUUGUUCUUUGCAGCAAAGUCUUGUAAGGCAUGGUGUUGUACAUGACCCUGACAAGAGAAAGUUGAAUUCAAAAGUAAGUCAGAGGUUUCAGUUUGCUUUCCCCAUGCAGUUUUAGGAGUGUGAACCCGCUUUGAAUUGCAGGGCCUGAGUGGAGGAUGUGACAGGUUUAUUACUGAACAGGGGUAAUCUGAACACAGGGGGUCUACAUCAGUGUUUAUCAAACCUGGGUCUUUGGACUACAAUUCCCAUCAUCCUUGACCACUGGUCCUGUAAGCUAGGGAUAUUCGGAGUUGUAGUCCAAAGGGGGGGGGGAGUGGGUGACCCAAGUUUGGGAAACUCUGGUCUACAUGAUGGAACUAGUUUCUUGAACUUUGCUAUUAGCCAUUUCUUUGUGCGCUGCUAAUAGCUCAUGUUGUUGUUUAGUCGUGUCCGACUCUUUGUGACCCCAUGGACCAGAGCACCCCAGGCACUCCUGUCUUCCACUGCCUCCCGCAGUUUGGUCAAACUCAUGCUGGUAGCUUCAAGAACACUAUACAACCAUCUCAUCCUCUGUCGUCCCCUUCUCCUUGUGCCCUCCAUCUUUCCCAACAUCAGGGUCUUCUCCAGGGAGUCUUCUCAUGAGGUGGCCAAAGUAUUAGAGCCUCAGCUUCACGAUCUGUCCUUCCAGUGAGCACUCAGGGCUGAUUUCCUUAAGAAUGGACAGGUUUGAUCUUCUUGCAGUCCAUGGGACUCUCAAGUCUCCUCCAGCACCAUAAUUCAAAAGCAUCAAUUCUUCAGUGAUCAGCCUUCUUUAUGGUCUAGCUCUCACUUCCAUACAUCACUACUGGGAAAACCAUAGCUUUAACUAUACGAACCUUUGUUGGCAAGGCAACCUUUGUUACCAACCACUAUGAACUUUGUUGGCAAAGCUCAUAGUGGUUGGCAAAUGGGAGCUUAUGAUUAGGUGAUAACUUUAAAUGAAAUAUCCAUCAGAGCUUCUUUGUGAAGGUGACCUAUAUGCACAGGGCUGGGGUGCGUAUCUACAUUGGCUUGAAGGACCUUGGAGGUGCAGGGUUGAUCUGAUGUUUUGUAUUGAACCUGCUGGCUUUUAGGAGUGCCUGCUCUUUGCCGCCUCCUGCUUACACCUACUUCUGCAUUUAAAUAUCAGAGCAAAUAUCACAAAAAUACAGUUAAGUUGGAUCCAGAAAUAAGCCAGCUAUAAAAGAGGCUGACAGAAACAUAUUCUCCCGACCCCACCCCAUCCUGAAAAAUCUCCCAAAGAGAGGGAGAAACUCAUUGAAGGGAAUAUGGGGCAAACGUUGAGGGGAACCCUGAAAACUGGGCAGAGGCAACUUCCAUGAGUAAGAUUUCCACUUGUGAAAAGGGCCUCCACCAAAAUUUCAGGGAUUUCCUCACCCCCAGUGCCAAUCCCAUUCAAUAAAGUCCCCAGGCCCCAGGAAACUUAUCAGGGAAGUCAGGGGGAACUUAUCUCUGGAUCCAGGGCUCUUUUCUGCAAAUGGAAACCAAACCCUGAACCUUCUUGCCACUUAGGAAAUCAGACAAGAGCGGACAACAACACUUUACGAUCAUUUCCCACUGGUUAGCUGCCAAGAUUGCUGACCACAAAACGUAUACGUACUUUUUUUAAAGCUUUAUUGUUUAUAUGUUUAUCCCAAUCUGUGAACCACAAAUCUAUGUGUUUCCUUUCAAAGGUUAAAAAGCCACGUCCUAAGCGGAGUUUGGCCUCACGUCUGAGUGGAUUCAUCCCACCUAAAGCAUGUCGAAGAAAUGUUUCCUCUGCAGAUGAGGCUCUGAUCACACCUGACGCGAGCGCCACGUUGCCUACUGUGGAAACACUCUCCCUUGGCUAGAGUAUCAGAUGAACGUGGACAAUAUAUUCAUGCAUAUG